GCUAGCGAAAUUCCAAAAAAGGAGCUCAAAAAUUAAUCAUCGAAGAGAACAGUAGAGAGAAACAAUGAAUCCAUUCCCCCUUUCCCCAAUUUUCUGUUUCUCUCUCUAAAUAUCUCACUUUCUCUCUCCAGAAACGAACGAAUCUGAGACCCCACAAAUCUCUCCUUUAAACCCCCUCUUGUUCAGAAGAAGACCUCCAAAACCCCAAUUUCUUAGCAAUGCCUGCUUCCUCCUCAGAGACGAGGAAUAGAUGGAGGAAGCGGAAAAGGGAAAGUUUAAUUUCGAGGAAAAUGAAGAAUCAGAACGAUGAGGACGGGUUCGAAGACGAGGAAGAUGAGGAAGAAAUUGAGCAACAAGAGAUGGUUGAUGACCUCCAAAACCCUAAUAAUUCAGUGGAUCGAAGUUAUACAAACUCCGUUGUUGAGUUGGUGUCGGAAAGUAAGGAGAGGAUUAGUGAGUUUCCGAUGGUAGUGAGACGUGCUGUAACGCGGCCGCAUUCAUCCGUGUUGAAUAUUGUGGCUAUAGAGAAGGCUGGGCAGAGUGGGGAGAGUAAGCAGAAUGGUGGUGUGGUGUUGGAGAAUUUGUCGUAUGGGCAGCUUCAGGCACUUUCGGCUGUGCCUGUAGAUCAUCACGCGUUGUUGAGUGAUGAAAGAGGAGAAGGGAGUGGGAGUGGUUCGUAUGUGAUUACUCCGCCGCAGAUAUUGCCUGGUCGCGGUGUUGUUAAGCAUUAUGGUAGUGCAGGUCGAAUUCAUGUUGUGCCUAUGCACGCAGAUUGGUUUUCACCUAAUACUGUGCACAGAUUAGAAAGACAAGUGGUACCACAUUUUUUCUCUGGAAAGUCAGCUGAACAUACACCCGAAAAAUACAUGGAAUGUAGAAAUUGUAUUGUUGCAAAGUAUAUGGAGUCUCCUGUAAAGCACUUGUCAGUUGAUGAUUGCCAUGGGAUAGUAGCUGGCAUCAGUGCUGAUGAUGUAACUCGAAUUGCAAGAUUUCUUGAUCAUUGGGGGAUCAUCAACUACUGUGCUGUUCCUCCUAAAGAUGAGGCACCAAAAGAUGGCACAUAUUUGUAUGAGGACUCAAACAAUGAUAUCUGUGUUCCGGUAGCUGGUUUGAAGUCUAUUGACAGCUUAGUCCAGUUUGACAAGCCCAAAUGUCGACUGAAGGCAAAAGAUAUUUAUCCUGAACUUGUGCGUGACUGCGAUGACGACUCCGAUUUUGACAACUCAAUCCGAGAAGUCUUGUCCGAAAUUAAAUGCAAUUGUUGUUCUCGGCCUGUUUCACUGGCGUACUAUCAGUCACAGAAGGAGAUUGAUAUUCUAUUGUGUUUGGAUUGCUUCCACGAGGGUAGGUUUGUUGCUGGUCACUCUAGCUUGGAUUUUGUCAAAGUGAGCUCUAUGAAAGAUUAUGGAGAUCUAGACGGAGAUUCUUGGACUGACCAGGAAACCCUAUUGCUUCUCGAGGGAAUGCAACGCUACAAGGAAAACUGGAAUCAAAUUGCUGAACAUGUUGGCACCAAGUCAAAAGCACAGUGCAUCCUUCAUUUUGUUCGUCUGCCUUUGGAUGGUGCCUCGUUAGACAAUAUUGAACUUCCAGGUGCAUCUGGUCCCUCGAGUUCUAGCACAGGUGAAGAUCCUAACAAAUCUCAUUCAAUUUUGAAUGGGAAUCUUGCAGGACCAAGCACUGAAAACUUUCAUCCUGAUAGCAAAUUUCCAUUUGAGAACUGUGGAAAUCCAGUAAUGUCCCUGGUUGCUUUUCUGGCAUCUUCUGUUGGACCGAGAGUUGCUGCAGCAUGUGCCCAUGCAUCCUUGGCAGCAUUAUCUAAGGAUGAUACUUUAGGUGCAAGACGAAACAUGACUCAGAUGGAUGGAUCCACAGCAAAUAAUGGGACCAGUGUAGGAAGAAUGCCUGGAAAGAAUGGAAGUCCUCAUGGAGAUGUUGGAAAUUCGCAUCAGCUAAAAGAUGAAAAGUCAGGAGGACAAGGUCCACAUGAUACUGGAGGUGCUCCAUUAUCCACUGAAAGUGUAAGAGCUGCUGCUAAAGCUGGUCUUGCAGCUGCAGCUAUAAAAUCAAAGCUUUUUGCUGACCAUGAAGAACGUGAGAUUCAACGGUUAUCUGCAAACAUAGUCAACCAUCAGUUAAAGAGGUUAGAGCUGAAGCUGAAGCAGUUUGCAGAGGUGGAGACCUUGUUAAUGAAAGAAUGUGAACAAUUGGAGAGGACAAGGCAACGAUUUACUGCAGAACGUUCUCGGAUGAUAUCUCAACCUGGUUCCAUUCGAGUAUCCCGACCAAUGGGGGUGUCUGGUGCUGGUGCAGCAGUGGUCAGUAACGCAGGAAAUAGUAGGCAGCAACAAGUUGUUUCAGCUCCUCAACAACAAGGUUUUGUUUCUGGAUAUGGAAACCAACAACAGAUGCAUCCCCAAAUGUCAUUUCUGCAGCAACAAGGAAUGUAUGGAUUUGGGCCUCGGCUGCCACUAUCAGCGAUACACCCUUCCUCUUCAACACCCGGUAUGUUUAAUGCAUCAGCAAGUUCCCAGCCUGCUCUCAGUCAUUCAAUGCUUAGACCUGUAUCUGGGACAAAAUCUGGUUUAGGUUGAGUGAGAGUGAUUUGAGCUUUGGAUUUGCGUCAGUUUACUGAUCGGUUCACGUCAUUUCCGCAAUUAUUGAGGCGAGAGAACAAAUGAAUUCCAGUUGCAUUGCUCUGUCAGACGAAUUGAGACAUACACGAAGCCCAUCAACUGAAGCUGCAGCUUGGACUGACAGUGCAUUGGCCUUAUUACCCGAGCAGGAGCGCUCACAUUAGUUGCUGCCGUAUGCAGCUAAACUUAUUCGUAGAAACAACUUGUACUAUAUUUCGGUUUCUACUGUGAAAUAACACACUUUUGGACAAGAAGUCUUGAGACUAGGGAUCUAGAAAUUUAGUUUUGUGCAGUACAGGUAAUUCAGGUGGAGAAAACAGGGCUAUCUGUAUGACAGUUUUCGGUACAUGCCUUUUCUUGAUCAUAGAAGUCGUGUAACAAAACUGUUGUGCCGAUUCCUACAUUUGUAGUCGUUUGUAGCCGAUUUCCAGAGUAAUAUAACUACGGUUUGAGGGUUAAA